AUCUGUGACUGGUUCUGGUCCUGUCCCCUCAGGUCCUGGCACAACGUGUACUGUGUGAUCAACCAGCAGGAGAUGGGUUUCUAUAAGGACCAGAAGAGCGCGGCGCAGGGCAUCCCCUACCACAGCGAGAUCCCCGUCAGCCUGAAGGAGGCGCUGUGUGAGGUGGCGCUCGACUACAAGAAGAAGAAACACGUCUUCAAGCUCAAGCUCACUGAUGGGAACGAGUAUCUCUUCCAAGCCAAAGACGACGAGGAGAUGAACUCCUGGAUCUCGGCCAUCGUGGCGGCGGCGGGCUCCAGGGUGGAGGUGACCCCCAGCAGCCACAGCACGCCGGCCCCCGCCGCCCGCGCCCAGACGCUGCCGGCCACCGUGGCGGCCUCCACCGCCGAGUCCAGUCCUGGCAAACGGGAGAAAGACAAGGAGAAACGCUUCAGUCUGUUCAGCAAGAAGAAGUAGACGCUCCUCCUCCUCCUCUUCCUCUCUUCCCGUCCCACGGCUGUUUGGGGUCGCUCCUCGUUGUCCAUCGCCGACGUCCUCGUUUAUCCAGCCGCUAGUCGGUUUGCUCCUAGCAGCUGCGAAGCUCAGAAUGUAGAUCUGUCUCUUUAAUCCAUCCUGAUGAUGAUUCCUAACAUUUCCUGAUCCCAAACAGCCUUCCUCUUCCUCCUCCUCUUCCUCUCAAAGCGUGACUCCAGCAUGCCAGCUCCGAGCCAAAACUCUCCACUCUGUGCCUCUAACCGUCCGGUGGCUCAGAGCUCCCGCUCAGCUGCGGCGCGGCGGGAACCUUUGCUAGGAGGGACAGAACCACCGUUAGCGUGUCCGGCAGCUGCUGUCCUACGGAUACGAUCACCGCCUGGAGGAACUCCCACUCCGUUCUCCUUCCUGCUGUCUCUCGUCGUCCAGCUUCUCGUGUUUAAACUCCCGGUUCUCCUGGACGUUGUUGCUCGCUCCGGUCUGGCUCCAUCCUCAGCCGUUUCUGCGAGGCCUUGUCUUUGCAAGUAGAGGGGAACCUGGAGCAGGGCGGGGUCCUGCUGCUGCUCAGCCUGGGCUGACCGGGUUAACCAGGCUACCUGGGCUAUCUAGGCUAACCGUGCUAACUGGGCUAACCAGGCUGAGUAACCAGGCUACCUGGGCUAUCGAAGCUAACUAGGCUAACCACUCUAACUGGGCUAACCGGGCUGAGCAGCUGCUCGGGGCCGUCUAAUUCCUGCAGCAGCGUGAAUGCCACCCGGCCCUGCUUCAUCUGUAUGUAUAACUUGUGUAUAACAAACUGUUUAAAAUAAACUUGUGUUUAAUUUCUUCACUUAUUAGUACUAAUAAUAUGACCAACCGUGAUAAGCUUCAGUGAUUAUGUAUGAAGGAGGAAACCGAAUGUUUAAUCAGUUUUCCAACAAUCAGUCAGGUUUCUUUUCUACUUUAUUUCUGAAACAUUAACCUCUGACCUUUGUUUAGUUUUGUGUCUCAGAGUUAAUCAGUCUGAGGUUUAUUAGUCUGGAGUUUGAAGAUGUUCUAUAAAGUAACUUUAAGCUGUUCAGUGGAUUCUCUGUCUGGAAGUGAAUAUCGGUUGCUCGCUUGUUGGCUUCAGCUCUCCGUCGUUUAAAGUGAAACCUGUUGGAGCUUCAUGUGGACGCUUCCGUACGGAGCUUCAUUCAUGACAAAAGUCACUCAAACUCAUUUAAAAUGUGAAAUUGACCAGAUGUGG